AGUACGUUUUUCACAUUUAAAGAGGCAGCAGCGCCUCUCAUGCUUUCGGUAUUAACGCUAACCGCAAGAAAUUUCAGAUAUUUUGGAUACACAUAACUAGAGUAACCAUUUUUAAAAUGGUGUGUGGAGGAUUUACCUGUUCGAAAAAUGCCCUUUGUUCUCUGAAUGUUGUCUACAUGCUGGUGGGGCUGCUGCUGAUUGGGGUAGCUGCAUGGGGAAAAGGAUUUGGUAUUGUCUCCAGCAUUCACAUCAUUGGUGGGGUGAUUGCUGUGGGUGUCUUCCUGCUCCUUAUUGCCGUUGUAGGCCUCAUUGGGGCCCUCAAUCACCACCAAGUCAUGCUGUUCUUUUAUAUGGUCAUUCUCCUUUUAGUCUUCCUUUUCCAGUUUGGAGUUUCAUGUUCCUGUUUGGCAAUGAAUCGAGAACAACAGGAGAAUGUCCUAAAUGCCACAUGGGGCAUAAUGUCAAACAAGACAAAGAUGAACCUGGAAAAGAAUUUGGAUUGCUGUGGACUCUUCAAUUUGACUGAAGGAUAUGCACAGUACUUGUCUGAUCUAAAGUACUGCCCAGCUGACUGUAAAGGUAAGAAUGUAUGCAAAACAUGUGGAUUAAAGAUGCUUGAGCACUCUGCAGAAGCUCUGAAGAUACUCGGUGGAGUUGGUCUGUUCUUCAGCUUCACAGAGAUACUGGGUGUAUGGCUUGCUGCACGCUACAGGAACCAGAAAGACCCCAGAGCAAACCCUAGUGCUUUUCUAUAAGGUCAUAGCUGCACAUGAGGGAUGAAACUUGCCAAUAUAGUCUUUGGCGCCAAAAAAAAGAUGUGUGCCACACAAGACACAUAAGCCGAUCCAUGUUGUGUUAAGUCAACACAGGUGAAUCAUCACUUUACAAUCUUUUUGUUUUGUACUGAGUUUCACGUGUAUAUGCAGACAGUCAUAUACAUAAAAUGUACUAAGUCCAGAUUUUUGCCAUUGAUAUUUACACUUGCAAGAAUCAGUAUAAGAAAUCAGUAUGUGUACUGUUUCCUAAAAAUCUUGUUUAUACAAUAGUGCCUGAACUUUUAUCAAGCUUGAUAAUUUGUUCUGUAUAACUUUACUCUUGCCUCUGCCCUGUUGUAACAAGAAUGAAUGGCUUGUCUUCAUCCUAAAUUGCUGGUCAGACACUAUUUGCCUGUUUAGUCUCAGCCUUAUUGUCCACAGCACAGCCUAUGUUGCCUUUCUCUGGCCACACUCCAACUGCAUGUUCAAAAUGUUGUUUAAAAAAACAUUCUGUGCUUGGGAUUAGUCAAGCACACAUGCAAUAUUUUAACACAAUAUGUUUAAAGCAGUGUGAAAGGUCUGUGAUGCACAGACAGUGUCAAGUUAGGUGGGAGAGUACUUUGUAAAUCCUGAGGUUCUCAUCACAAAUUUUUCCACUUGUAUCAUGUUUACCGCUCCCUUUGAAAACUACUUUAUUUAGUGCUUACUUGAGUAUUCAAAUGUAAAGGUCACGAAGAUAUGAAUGUCAUUUUCCCUGUAGAGAUUUAUAGCAUACCAUCCUAUGCUAUGAAAAUUUCCCACUUCAAAGAUCUUUUUCAAGUAUAUGUUUUAAUUACAGCAUGUAAACGGAGAAGUAUGACAUGGCAGUUGUUUGCAUAUCUCCCACUGAAAUUUAACUUUUUUUUUCAUAUUUUGCCAAAUCAGUUUUGACUUUAAUUUUUACUUAAUGCCUUUUUUUUCAGGUUUGAUAGACAAAUGUCUACAAAAGUGCAGGGACAGUGCUUAUUGAUGUUGCACCUGAAAACAUUUGUAAAGAUGAUUAUUUAUAGUGAAUUAUACAAAGAAAUAAAAUGGUAAUGUUGUCACAUGUCAUACUGCUAUUUCAUCAGAAUUGGAGAGAAUUUGAGUUGAGUACAAAAUUUAGAGGGGUAGAGUAGAAGCUAGAAUACACAAUGCUUAAUUUCAGUGAUAUAUAUACAUUCUCCCCCCUUUUUAGCCAAGCCAAAGGACAUUAAUAUUGUAAUGAAAACCAGUAAAGCCUUGGUCCUUUGCAGCAGUGAUAGCCUGAAAAUAGUUUGGACAAUUUCUUAAUGUAUAUGUGUAGUUAAACACUGAGACAUUCUGUAACCCUUAAUUAGAAAAGUAAUUGUUUCCCAGAGUUAAUAACAUGUUUUAAGCUAGAGAUGGUGUUAAGUGAUGCUGAUUCACCCCUCAGCAAAACAGUGCUUUUCUCCUUUUUGUGGCUGGUGACAUUGAGCCUAAUACAGAAAGCUUUAGGUUAAUGUGUAAAGCUUGUUUAAAUGCGGUACUUGCUGUAAAUUUGUAUUAUGUAAUAGUAUUGAAAUAAUUCAAAUUAAAUAUUACUGCAGUGCAUGUUUUAAGUCUUAAGGUCCCACUCAGAUUAGUGCCAGUGCAUCCAGCCUAAAUUAGCUGUCACACGGUAAAGUAUUUGUGUAGUUUUUAGUUUUCAUACCAGUGUUCAUUUUUGUUUUACUUAAUUUCUUGGCACUGUUUAAUUGUAUGUGCAUUAAUUUUUUAUUUGCUGGUGAUUCUUAGUAAAAAUUGUAUACUCAA